CUUUCUUCUCAAAGUUUGAUACUUUUAUCCAUUUAGUUGUGUUCUGUAGUCUUGCUUAAGCUGGGAAUGUAUUAACUUUUUCUUGUUAUCUCCCACGUAAUUUCUCUGGGUCUGCUCUUGGAAUGCAAUAAAGUCUGAGGACUGAGAUUAGCAUAUUAUAGACCCAAACCUAUGGCAUAUGCAACAGGAAUGACGCUUGCUUCAAAGACUAUCUUCCCUCUUUGUUCCAGAACCUUCUUAACUCCCUUACGUGUAGCUUCUUUGUUUGGUUUUCCUGAGAAAACUUCCUCCUCCACUUUCUUCACAAGGGUCCAAGACACUUCUACAACUCGUCUCUUCUCCUCUGUUAAGUGUUCUACUUCCUCUCUUGAGACAGGGGAGAAUCAACCUGCUUCUCGCCCUAAUGUAGUUGAUAUACUCCAAGAAAGAGGACUCCUAGAGUCAAUCACCAGCGAGAAUCUCAGGUCUACUUGUUCUGAUCCUAAUGUCGCUCCUCUGAAGGUCUACUGCGGGUUUGAUCCUACGGCUGAGAGUUUACACUUGGGUAAUCUCCUUGGUAUCAUUGUCCUUUCUUGGUUCCAAAGAUGUGGACAUCAAGCAGUUGGUUUGAUUGGUGGUGCCACUGGACGCGUUGGUGACCCAUCUGGCAAAAGCCUAGAAAGGCCUGAGCUUGACGCUGCUACAUUAGAGAAAAACAUUGCCGGGAUUAAAAAAAUCAUCGUCAAGAUUCUUGGUGGCAACAAUGCUGCUAGGUCUUAUGUGAUUUUUAAUAACUAUGACUGGUGGAAAGAUAUGACAAUGCUGGAUUUUCUGAAAAAGGUUGGUCGGUUUGCUAGAGUUGGACCAAUGCUGGCGAAGGAGAGUGUGAAGACGAGGUUAGAAUCAGAGCAAGGUAUGAGCUACACCGAGCUCAGUUAUCAGUUACUGCAAGGAUAUGACUUUGUUCACUUGUUCGACAAGGAAGGGGUCAAUGUUCAGAUAGGUGGGAGUGAUCAAUGGGGAAACAUAACAGCUGGAACUGAUUUGAUCCGUAAGAUUCUCCAAAAAACCGAAGAAGCUGCUUACGGGCUAACAUUCCCUCUCUUACUGAAAAGCGAUGGGACAAAGUUCGGAAAAUCAGAAGAUGGAGCCAUUUGGUUAUCUCCUUCCAUGUUAUCACCUUAUAAGUUCUAUCAGUACUUCUUCUCAGUUCCAGACGUUGAUGUGAUACGCUUCUUAAAGAGACUAACCUUUCUGAGUUUGGAUGAGAUCAAGGUGUUGGAAGAUGAGAUGAAGAAACCUGGUUAUGUCCCUAACACUGCGCAAAUGAAGCUCGCUGAAGAAGUGACCAGAUUUGUACAUGGUGAAGAGGGUUUGAAGGAAGCCAUGAAAGCAACGGAGGCUUUAAGACCGGGAGCUGAGACAAAGCUUGAUUGGAACUUGAUUGAGAGGAUUGCAGAGGAUAUACCAACUUGCUCACUGCCUGUUGAUAGAGUCUCUGGUGUUUCGAUUGUGGAUGUAUCGAUUUCUGCAGGGUUGUUUGAGAGCAAAUCUGCAGCAAGGAGGAUGUUGAAGCAAGGUGGGGUUUAUAUGAACAAUGAGAGAGUUGAUGAUGAGAAUAAGAGAGUUGAAGAAGAUGACAUUGUUGAAGGGAAAGGUCUUGUUCUCUCUUCAGGCAAGAAGAACAAAGUGGUCAUCAGAAUUUCCUAAGAUUUUUUUUAUAGAAGUGAUGUAUUAUUUGGUUUACAUUUUCACCAGUUUACGGAUACAAAACCGGAAACUAAAAAAUAAACACCAUUUAUUGGAGAAUGCUUGAGGACAAUAUAGGGAAUGCCACCAAAGCAAAAACAAUGUUAUCUUUUGGGAUUUCAAACCAAGAAACAUUUUAAAAAGCUAUUCCAGAUUGAUAGAACAAAAUGUAAAGAUAGAAUCUAAGUUCUAUGCUGCAGCAAGUAAACCAACAUCUUCGUUUACUUUGCCUUCAGAUUGCAUCUCUUUAACUGCUCUUAUUAACCCCUGGGUAAUGGCAUUGAGAUGCAAACCCUUUUGCUUCAUCUCCUCAAACAGCAUCUCUGCUUUUUCCCAGUCCAAUGCUUUGAGGCAGAAUGAUUGUAUCACCU